UUCUGAACAUUAUAACUCACACUAAACAUUGAUAUCACUUUUCGCACUCAAUUCUCAAUUUAGAGUUUCAACUAUAUCAAACAUGUCUCUGAUUCCAAGUUUCUUUAGUGGCCGAAGGAGCAACGUUUUCGAUCCUUUCUCCCUGGACGUCUGGGAUCCCUUGAAGGACUUUCCAUUUUCAAAUUCUUCACUUUCUGCUUCAUUCCCUCGUGAGAAUCCUGCUUUUGUGAGUACUCGAGUUGAUUGGAAGGAGACCCCGGAAGCGCAUGUUUUCAAGGCUGAUAUUCCUGGGCUGAAAAAGGAGGAAGUGAAAGUUGAAGUUGAAGAUGAUAGGGUUCUGCAGAUAAGCGGAGAGAGAAGUGUCGAGAAAGAAGAUAAGAACGAUGAAUGGCAUCGCGUGGAACGUAGCAGUGGAAAGUUCUUGAGAAGGUUCAGAUUACCUGAGAAUGCUAAAAUGGAUAAAGUGAAAGCUUCCAUGGAGAACGGUGUUCUCACAGUGACCGUUCCAAAAGAAGAGAUAAAGAAGGCUGAGGUUAAGUCUAUUGAGAUUUCUGGUUAAACUUAGAAUGAGUUAUGUUACUCUGUUGCUUUAAACCGUCUGCUUUUCUUGGUUAUAAUGUUUUCCUUUUUGUGGCGUGUGCAAGAAAUAUAUGGUCAUGUAAUUCUGAAAUGUUAAUGUAUAAAUAAAUAAGUAAACAGUUGUUGUUGGUUA